CGGAUGUUCGAAAUGGUCUGAAAAAUGUCGAUUCUAGGAAACUCUUUCCCGGUGUUUUGAUAACAUCAUGCACAAGUCGCUGGCCUUCUUAAUUGGACUGAUACUGACCAGCUGCUUGAUCUACAUCCUCCUCGGUAGCUAUGUGGUGCUCCAUUACUCUGGCCGAUCCUCGUCAACGUUCCACCUUGGACGUGAUCUCCUCAGGAAUGCCACAAAGUGGACUCAUGCCUUAGUUGAACAUGAUCAAAAUCCUAAACCAUCUGGCCCUGACGUCCAUGGAGCCCUCCGUCAUUACAUAUCACUUGUGGACAAUAAGAGAACCAAUUUGAGUUGCACCUCCUGUGCGCUGGUGUCCAGCUCCGGAUUCCUGAUUGGCAAAAAUGCCAGCAAGGAAAUAGACAGCCGGUCCUGCGUCAUCCGACUCAACAUGGCCCCCGUCCGAGGCUUUGAGAAGGACGUCGGGUCGCGGACCAGCCUGCGGGUCCUGAACUUCUUCAUGAUAGACGUGAAGCCCGAGGCGCUGCCCAACAACAGCAGGCUCAUGGUCUGGGGUUUGCUGAAGAGAAAAGACCACUUGCAGGAUGUGACAAAGAUGGUCAAACAUCUCAGUCCAGGCUCAACUAUUCACGGACAGACUCACAAAGGCGAACUGGAAGCUGAAGAACUGUAUGCCAAAGAAACCGGACUCCAUCCUGUGAAGACCAGAUCCUGGCUCUCGACGGGUUGGUUUGCAAUGAUGCUUGCCGUUGACCUGUGCCAGGAGGUACAUGUGUAUGGAAUGGUGCCAGCCGACUACUGUGCGAGGCGGCCCAGGAAGGAUGUCCCUUACCACUACUACGAUCUUCCCCACAUUAAGGAGUGCUCUACUUACCGCCACGCCGAGCGAGAUAAAAAGGGCAACCACCGCUUCCUUCGGGAGAAGGUUGUGUUUGCUCGCUGGGCCCAGCGCUACAACAUCACCUUCCACCACCCCAGCUGGCCCAUGAAAUUUGACGCCCGCUUGUUUCACAACGCUGGCCUGUUGGAAACUAUUCUCCAGUGGAUAAGGUCAUAAGCUUUUUUUUUUUUUAAAGUGACUGAAAUAUUCUUCAACCCAGGGAUUAGCCCCCAAAACUUAAAGGGUGUUUGUAGUGAAAUUUAUUUUUGAACAAACCUUCAGAACCCUCCUUUUUUGUUUUGUCCAUUAAAUAUCAUUAUUCAAUUUUUGUUCCACUCUUUCAAAGGGUAAUUUGCUGCCUUUUUGGCUUUCAUGCUAAUGCGUAUUUCCUCACGAGCAAAACUCGGAUGUCGUUCGAGGGAAAAACUCGUUGGUGAACAAUUAAAUUAAAAAGACUAAUUUUGCUGACUUAAUUUUCUUUCCUUUGGUGAGUGAUUGUCGUUUGUAAGUAGCAAUCAGCAAGCAAUGACCCUUUCUCAGAAAUGGUCUAAGUGAGUUCAUCUUUCAACUCCUAGUUUGGACAAAACCCCUCAGCACUGAACCAUGCCUUCCUUAGAUGACAUCACAAUUAUCGAGGAACGCAUGGAGAAUAUUUUAUAAUGUUUGAAAAAGCGCUUUCCUAAAUGCAUUUAACUUAAUGGGGAUGCCAUUAAAGUAGUUGAGGAGAAAUGCUAAAGUACAGAAACAAGGUCAGAAAAAUUCAUUGCUGCUUCACUUAAGAACUGGAAAAACGUCUUUCGGUCCUCUCAAAGAAUCAAUAUUGUGGCCGUUCAUUGUAAAUGUAGACAGCCCACUUCCUGCUGGCAGAGAAGUUGGUGGAAUUUUUAAAUGUAUGCGUGACAUUAAACCUACAUUGUAAGAUGCACUUGUAGAAUUGCACCACUAGAGAGAUCUUUGUGUUCAAUACAGAUAGUUGUGGAAUCUUUUGGUGGUAGGGAGACUUGGUGGAAGGUUUGUAAUCAAAGUGUGAUAACUGAAAUUUCAGUUUAACCCUAACCUCCUAGGGCCUAUUGAUAUCAUGGACAUGCUUAUUGGAUUCAGAAUGGUUGAGGUUAAUGAACUGAAUCCUUGCUGUACUCAUUUCUGGUAUGAAUUCUGUAAAAUUGUUACCAGUUGACAAGUCAAGCCUGCUCUUUAUAACAGUUUUUAUAACACAUGACUAGUAUAGGUGUCCUUUUACACAGGUAGCCUGGUUCUAUGCUACAGGGUAUUUAAUAAUGAAUUCUGUUAAAUGAGGAACCAGACAGGCGUGCAGUAACGUGUACAUGUUUAAUUAAUUGCCUUGCAAUUACUUUAAUUGAUUUAGUUUUGUUUUCGAUAUGCAACUGUGUAAUAUUAAGAACAGGCAUACAAAGAUAUUUUAGGGAUGGUAGUAAAAUUAAAUGGUUAAGUUCAGCUAGCCGAUUCGCUCACUUUCCUGUAAGUAUUUUCCUAAUUAUAUUUCAUUAUUUUCAAAUGAUUUUAUGAUGUUUCUGUAAAUCUGCCUUUUAUAUAUUUUUUCCUUGAAAAACAUUAAUUUUAUGCAGUUAAAAUACAAAUGGUGACGGUUGGUAAAUCAGAAAUCAGUGCAACUGGUAAGUAGUAAUUAACUUGAUCUGUAAGAAAUCCUGCUUGGAAAUAGUUGUAUUCAAUACGUGAAUUCCAAAUCCUAUUGGCCAAAGUACAUCUCAAGGAAUUUAAAAUUUAUGUUUAUAUAAGAUGUGAAUAAUUAUGAAGUUGAAUUUGUAAUUUUUAAGCAUUACUGUAUGUAAAUUAAUAGCUCUCCGUCGAAAUAUAGCCAUUGACACGAAAUACCGUCGAAAUAACGUCGUCCAGUUGGCGCAUGGACACCGUUGAUAAGCUAUUUAAUAGGAAUGCACUGGUCAUCUCUAUGAAUCAACGGACUCAACUAGACCCUAUUCAUGUGGAGACCAUUUUUUAAUCUUAUUCCCCAAAUUUGUUUUAUAUAUUGAUAUAUUGCAAACCGUCGAUUAGAAUGGCACCAGACUGUUUUACACUUCCGCGCGUUCUAAGCCUCCAUUUCAAUAUUUUUCUAAACCUGGUUUCAAACACCGAGGUACGUUUUUGUGUGUGAAAUCAUCAGUUUGAUGUUCUUCAGCAGAGUAGACAGGUGCAAACUUGUCAUGAAUUUUCAUUUUAUUGCUUCAUUUGUACUCUCAACGUUCAAAAAUAAAGAGUCAACCUCGAUUUCAAAUUCAA